CAUGCAACUUUUUAUAAUAUAUGUAUGUACGUACAUACGUUAUGGAGUAAAUUAUUUGUACUAAUAAGUAAUUAAUAAUGAUGGAGCUUUUUAUAUUUAUUACACAUAAUAAUUAAAUUUGAGAAUGAGACAAAAGAAUGUCAGUAAAUAUAUAUAUAUACAUGUAUAUCUAUAUCUUGACAUUCCGUGACCCCAAACUGAUCAAUAUCAUCAUUCCCCCAACCUUUUUCAAUUCUCUAUAAAAACCACGCACCCAUCACCAUUCCACACACACACACUAAAAGCUAGAGAGAGAGAGAGAGAGAGAGAUGGCAUGUAAAAUAAUGCAUAGGAGAGUGGCAUUGCGCAGAAAGCUUCAAAUUCUGAGAACUCUCACCAAAUCCAAAUCAGUGAAGAAGAGCUCCAUAAUAAUGGAUGCUUACCACUACAUCUACAAUCUUAAGCUCCAAGUUGAAGCAAUCAAGAAAGAGUACCAAUACCUAACUAAUCACAUCCAGGAAGUGAAAGUGGAGAAGGUUGCCGGGACGGCGGGGUAUUUAGGGGUGAGGAUAGCAUGCAAGAAAGGGGAAGAAAUGAUGACGUCAGUAAUGGAGGUAUUUGAAGAAAUGAACCUGGAUGUAGUUGAAGCCAGGUUCACCUGCAAUCACUUGUUUGCCAUGGAAGCCAUUCUCAAACCUCGUCAUCAUCAUCAUCAUCAUCAUCGUAUCGAUGCACCAUUCCUCAAUCAGACUAUUCUCAACGUUAUCAGAACCCAGACUACGUCUCCACGUUUCUAAAUACAACAAACUAUAUUAUUUUAUUUUAUUUCCUUCAUUUUUAUAUAUGUGCUGGAAAUAAAGUAAAGGUACUACUUGUAUAAAUUAUUAGGUCACCUUCAUUUUGAAGUGGGAAUAGUACGAGGAAGUGGCCUAUUUUAAAAUAGUAGAUCAACAAGAAUGUUUAAUAUAUUCUCAACUUAU